GAUUAAGGUUUUGACUUCGUUUAAAUCGAACACAACAAACGCAUUUGCAAUAUUCCAUCUCUCUUCACUUUUUUCUGGCAUUUCUUUAUUCCUUCAACAUUCUUCGUUUCAUUCUUAGUGUCCAUUCACGUGUCGUCUAGUAUUGUUCUCUGUGUUGUUUGUUUUCUUUUUGUCGAAUAUUUCAAUCGUCAAGCGUUUCUAUCGAGAUGGCAACAGUUGUAUCAAAGGGAUCAUGCAAUUUGGACGCACUGAAAAGGAUCGUCUGCAAGUUCUUAAAAAAGGAUGUGGAAAUAACCAAUCCCUUGUUAGAACCAGCGGUUCCCAAAGGCGGCAAUUUCAUAUCAGAUGCCUGGAGACUGAGCUUUUUCCUGAAGUCAGAGGGCAUAACUACCUCAGACAGUGUGAUAGUGAAGGCGAAGCCAGCAAACGAGUCCCAGAACAAGCUCAUGCACACUGAAGUCGCUUUCAAAAACGAAAUUUUGGCUUACGAAACCAUCAUCCCAACUUUGAACAAAUACGUCUGCAGUCCCAUCCGUGUGCCUCAAUACCUCCAUGGGGACCUAACCAACAUCGUUCUGGAGGACAUGAGCAAGACCGGCUUCCAGACAGUCGAUAAGCAACUUGCUAUCGAAUGGAACCAAGUUUGGUCGCCCAUCCAGGAAAUCGCAAAGUUACACGCUUCCUCCAUCUGCAUGCAACACUUGGACAAGGCUGGUUUCGAGUCUCUGAAGAAUCAGAUAAUCGACAUCCCUCUUCCUGAAUCGUCCCCACUUGGCGAGAAGCAAGUUCACGUUUUGGACACCAUCCUGGGGGUCCUCAAGGAAAGAAGAGAAGAUAAGAAGUACAUCGAUCUGGUAGAGAGCUUGAAGGCAAACGCCUGGAGGGACCAGAAAGAAAUCGUCCAAAAAGACGUCCCGGUCCGUGUUAUCAACCACGGCAGUCUCUGGAUCAACAACGCCGUCUUCAGGAAAGACAUGGCGACGCUCCUAGAUUUGCAGCAUAUUGUCUACAGCACCCCAGCCAACGACCUCAGCUUCUUCAUGUAUGUCAAUUUGGAUCCCAAGUUCUUCACCAACAACAGAAAGGACCUACUGCGUUUCUACCUGUUGAGUUUACACUCGAACAUCACCGACAGGCUGGGUAUCGCCCAAUCUGCCGAAGUUAUCGAACCUUUGAACUACGACUGGAUUGAUAGGGAAUUCAGAAGGUGCAGCCUGUACGCUUACAUGAUGGCGCAAUGGAUCAUGCCUGUGUUUUACUGGAGCGACGUAGUCUUUGGACAACUGGAAGCUAAGGGAGGAUUCGAAAAAUUGUCAGUGCCAGAGAGGAUGUCGUAUCUCAGCUCAGAACAAAAAGACAGAAUUGUGAAGCUCACGAAACUUUUUGUUGAAGAAUCAUCCAAGAACUAAAGGAAACGUCCUUUGUGUUUGUUAGUUGUUUUUUGUUUUCUUUCGAAAUUUACUGUUUUCUGAUUUGAAAAUGAUCGAUAUUUCUAUGAAUUGAAAUAGAGAAGGAAAAUCGGAAUAAUCUUCCAGUUUAUAUUAUUGUUUUAUAAAACGCAUAAGUUUUAAAGUAAUAUAAGUUUUGUGAAGUCAUAAUUUCACAGAUAGUGUUCCUUCAAAUGUUUUAAUUGUUAUUGUUAGAGAAUGAGGCAAUAAAUCCAUGUUUUU